AACCCGGAAGUAAAUACGCGCACGCGCAGAUGCUCACACACGUGUUGUAUAGUACAUUCGCUCGCUUGAUCCUGUGCUGUCUCCACUCUCCACACUCAGCUUGCUUAGAAUGGAUGAAUCCAAGCCCGCAACAGCUCCAGUCCACCCAGGGGAGAAGAGAGGCUGCUCGGAGGAUGAGGAAGACAAAGCGGCGGUGAGCAAGAGAGCCAAAGUUGAAGAUGAACACGAGAACGGAGCUCCUCGGGGAGCAAAGAGCGCCGAAGAGGAGGUGGAAGGGGAGGAGGACGGUAGCGGCGAAACCUUUGCCGACAUGAUGAAGCACGGCCUCACAGAGCUGGACGUGGGCAUCUGCAAGUACGUCAGCGACCACGAGGGCUUCUCGGGAAUCCUGAAGGAAAGGUACUCAGAUUUUGUGGUGAAUGAAAUCAACAAAGAUGGAAAGAUAGUGCACUUAGACGACCUCUCGGUUCCUGAAGAGACCCAGGAAGCAGCGGCAGCAGAAGAAGAAGAAACAGCCGAUUGCUCGGUGCUGACAGAGGAUCAGAAGAAGCAGCUCGGGGAACUCCAACUAUUCAAGAACAAAGAGAGCUUCGUUUCCAUCGAGGGAGAUGAGUCCAAGGAAAAGCGGACCGUGGUACACAAAGCCAUCAAAACUCAAUUCCCCGGCCUGGAGACAAAGACGGAAGAGAAAGACGGUCGCAAGUUCAUCGUGGCCUACCAUGCAGCUGGAAAGAAGGCUCUGGCUGAGGUGAAGACAUCUGCAGCACCAAGGAAACACUUCUGGCCCAAAAACCGCGGCAGCUUCUGCCACUUUGUCUUGUACAAGGAGAACAAGGACACGAUGGAUGCCAUCAAUGUGCUCUCAAAGUUCCUCAGGCUCAGACCCAACAUGUUCUCCUACAUGGGCACCAAGGACAAGAGGGCCAUCACCGUGCAGGAGAUCGCCGUGCUCAAGAUCACAGCAGAAAGGUUGGCCCACCUCAACAAGUGCCUGAUGAACCUCAAGCUGGGAAAUUUCUCCUACAAGAAUCACCCUCUCAAGCUGGGCGAGCUGCAGGGGAACCACUUCACUGUGAUCAUCAGGAACAUCUCAGGAAGCGACGCCCAGGUCCAUCAGGCCGUGACGUCCCUCAAGCAGACGGGCUUCAUCAACUACUACGGCAUGCAGCGCUUCGGCACCACGGCGGUUCCCACGCAGCAAGUCGGCAGGGCCAUCCUGAAGAACGACUGGAAGCAAGUGGUGGAUUUAAUUCUCAAGCCUCGUCCCGGAGCUGAGAAAGAAUUUUUGGUGCGCUGCAGGGAGGAGUGGGCCAAGACUCAGGACCCCGAGGCGGCCCUGAAGAAGCUGCCCAACAAGCGCUGCGUGGAAGGCCAGCUCCUCCGAGGCCUGGCCCAGCACGGCAAAAACAACAUCGUCACCGCCUUCGGACUGAUCCCCCGAAACAACCGGCUGAUGUACAUCCACAGCUACCAAAGUGUGGUGUGGAACACCAUGGUGAGCCGCCGGAUAGACGCCUUCGGGCUCACCGCCGUGGAAGGCGACCUGGUUCUCCGAGGAACCACAGCACACGUCCUGUCAGAAGAAGAAGCAAAGAGCCACUCCGUACACGACAUCGUCAUGCCGCUCCCUGGCUUUGACGUCAUCUACCCGUCGCACCACGUCGGGAAAGGUUACAGAGAGAUGCUGAGCGCAGACGGGCUGGACAUCGACAACAUGCGACACAAAAUUAAGGACUACUCGCUGGCCGGAGCUUACAGACGUGUCAUCAUCAGGCCCAGCGAUGUCAGUUGGGAGGUGAUCGAGUACGACGACCCCAAAAUCUCUCUGGUCCACAGUGACUUUGAGAAAAUUGAGAACAAACCAGCGCCGGUUUUCAACAAAGAAGGGAAGUACCGCGGUCUCCGGCUGGAGUUUUCGCUACCGCCCUCCACGUACGCCACCAUGGCCAUACGGGAAGUCCUCAAGUUGGACACCAGCAUUAAGAAACAGACGCAGCUCAACACCACCUGGUUCAACUGACGGGUCGAUUGUUUGGCGAUUUGACACACUUCCUGGGUUAGUGUGAGUGUGUCUGACUUUUUUUUUUUUAAUCGUCGAAAAUAAUACCAACGUUUUACUUCUGAUGGUUUAACUCUCUCUAAAUCACAUUUGAGCAGAGAUGAUAUUUUUUUUUAUCUGCUUGUGCAGAAUUUUGAGACUGCUUUCUUUUUUAAAAUAACAUUCAAUCAAAUGUACAAGCGACUGGCAAAGACGAUGAAUUAAAGUCAUUGAGAAGCUGA